AUGAGAAUCCCACAAUAUUUUGUCCUGUGGUUCCAUGUUGUUUUUGCUUUAACUUCUUGCUUUAUAGCCGCUGGUGUAUCUUUAGAUUAUGUGCUAUCCAUAAAUGCCAUUUCAUUACCUCCACACAGUUACGAAUCAUUACGGGUUUCAUCACCUUCAGCUUCACCAUCUCUAUCUCCACUUUCACCUCUGCCUCCAAUUCCUUUGAUCCCACCUUCUAUGCCUCCUUCUCCGUCUCCAUCUCCGCCGCCGCCUCCACCUCCAUCGCCGUCUCCGCCUUCACCUCGAUCAUCUCCACCUCCUUCUCCGUCUCCAUCUCCGCCUCCGCCUCCGCCUCGAUCAUCUCCACCUCCACCUCCACCUCCAUCGCCGUCUGUCUCUCCGUCUCCAUCUCCAUAUCCAUUUCCACCUCCACCUCCAUCUCCAUCCCCACCACUUCCUCCCAAAUAUAGAUCACCACCUCCACCAUUACUAUCUCCACCACCUCCGCGCCAUUACAAACCACCACCACCUCGAUCAUCUCCACCUCCACCACGUCAUUUUAAGCCACCACCACAUCGUUUUCCUCCACCUCGACCGCAUUAUUUUAAGCCACCACCACCUCAAUCUGUAUCACCACCUCGACCACAUCAGUCUAAAUCACCACCAUCUCCAUAG